GUAAUUGCAGAUGAUAAACGUCUAGAAGAGGUAGCAAAGAGAUUCGAAACCGAUGGAGAAACAAUACAGGCAUGUUUACAAGAAGUUGAGGCAGACUCGGAAGAAAUAAGUACCUUAAUUGAGAAGUGGGAUGAAGCACAGGAUGAUGCUAUCAGUGACGAUGCCAAACAAUCUCUAAUAAAAUACAGUAAUUUCCUGGGUUGUAUAUUACAGAAGAAGGGAAUGAUAAAAGAAGAUGGUACGUUGGUUGUAGAUAAGCUAAUUGAAAGUGUCGAAAAAGACAAUGAUCUACCAAAACCUUCAAAUAAAGAAGGUUUAACAAAAUGCCUCAAUUUACGUAAGUAAACUUAAAACAAUAUA